ACACCAACCAAUAAUUCCACCGAGCUAAGCAUGGCUUCGGGUCAUUUGUGCAAACUACACAGUCUCUUAACGCGACUUUCUAGAAGCAACCAACUACGACAUGUGCAAACAUGUUUGGUGCCAAUGCGACUGAAGUCCAGUGGUCCUUUACCUGAUGUCCCUAACUGUAAUGUGGAAAUCGGUGUGACUUCAGAUGGGAGCACCAUCGUGUGCUACCAUCCCACUGUCGACGUUCCCUACGAGCUUACCCAGCCGAUAGAACGACCAGACCCCCUGACCAACUCGGUUGAGACCCACGACCAGAUUUUAAAGGCCCACCUCAGCAAGGAGGUGCUGAAGGACAAAAAAGGGCCCACUAUAGAGGAGCUAAGCAAGAUGUUUUUCACUACCAAACAUCGGUGGUAUCCAGUGGGACAGUAUCACCAUAGACGCAGGAAGAAGGAUCCCCCAAUCGAUAGAUAGUGGAAGGCCAAAGUAACAAAACGGCAUUUGAUUUUUGUGUUAUUGUCACAAUGAUGUAUAAUAAAUAUUGAAUAUUA